AUGGUGAAGUUAGAAAUGUUUUAUAUGAUGAAUGUAUUUCUCCAUUUGAAGACAUUUAAUGACGUCCGCACAUUUAUACAAGUCUCAAAGAAAUGUUUAUCUGUGACAGACUCAAUCCACGUGAACCCAUGGUUUUCGAAUGCCGACGACAUUUACAAAUAUGAUCAACACUUCCACCCAACAACUUUGAAUGUAAAUUCCAUCAAAUACAAAUACAUAGUAACAUCAGAAUUUGCACGAAAUUAUGUAAUUACCAAUUCUGAAGUUUUUUCAAACAGACUUGGUCAAUCCUUUAAAGUACUUUCUGGGACAUUGAUCGAAAUGUAUUUAAAUAUAUUUGACUUUGUACGAGUCUUGCAAAAUCUUCAAGAACUCACAAUAAACAUCAAAUUAUUGCCCGAGUUGUAUACAAAGUUCUGUGACGCAACGAGUUAUACUCUUUUUACAUUAAAAUUCCCUCGAAAACUUUUUGUUCUAACGAAUUCAAUUAUAACUAAAAAUAACUCAAAUAACAAUUUAGAUAUUGUUAAUAAUAUUAAGAAGAGGUUUGAUACUAAAAUUUACUUUUUGUACACCAAGAAAUACAUAAAUGAUAAAGACGACUUAAGAGAUAUGGGAAAGAUAUACACUGCAAGUAAUACGUUGAUUAAAUCACACAAUAUCGACUAUAUAAUUCCAAUGAAUUCAUAUAAGAUAUCAACACUUUUUGAUCAAACAACGGAAGACGAUAUACAGAAAAUGAAUGACUUCAUUACUCAAGUGAUGCCUUCAAAAAUCAAAAUAUACUGUUCGGAAUUUAUUACCGUCUUUGAUAUAUCAAAUCUCAAUUUAGAAAAUAUUGAUUGUGUAAAAUUUGAUGCAAAAUCUUCCCAGCACAUUGACUACGUGUGUUCUAAUGAACAAAUAUUGCCCGAAAGAAUUGAAUGUAAAGACUGUACUUUAACUUCAAAACGUCCUAUAUUCAAUGUCAAAGAAGUUGAGUUAAGUCAACACUGGAAUGUGGUUGUCGAUAAUAAAAACGAUGAAAACAAUAACUCAAUUAAUUUUUUAAAGAAUGUCAAAGAGUUUCUUUUUCCAAACGUUGAACGUGUUGUCAUCAAAAAAGGAAAUUCAAACGAAUUUGAUUUUUCUCAAUUAAAAUCAUUAAAAAGUUUUGAAGCAAAUGGAUGUAAACAGUGUGAAUUCAUUCUUCCUCAUAUCAAUGGCGAGAACUGCGGGUUUAUAAAUAACACAAAAAUGAACAUCGUGAUGUAUACAGUAAGUCCACAGCGCUACAAAGUUGAGAGCUGUUACAAUUUAAAUUUCACAUUUUUGCAAAGAAAAAGUUUAAAUGAAGAUCACAAGAAAAAUAAGAAUGUGAGAUGUUCGCUUGAUAUUUUAAAUUGUAGGAAAGUUGUUUUAAUCAACACGAAGUAUAAUAAUAUCACAAUAACAAACUCAAGCGUUGCGUUUUUACCGAACACUGUUAUUAAUAAAUUGGAGACGGUUCAUUCAUAUAGUAUUAACAAAAAUGUGAUCCACGUGAAAAAGUUGAGUAUCGAUAAUAAUAAUGAUAAUAGUAACACAUUCAUUUUCGAUGAUAAAACAGUUGAAAGUUUGUCACUCGGAAAUUAUAAAAAUUUAAAGAUGUCUGUUGAACUCCCCGUGUGCAAAAUACUGAUCAUUUCUAUGUGUCAAAAUUGCGAUUUAAAUUUUGAAAACAGUCCAUUUGUGUCAAUUCAAGUGUGUCAGUCGAAGAACGUUAAAGUGUGUGGAGAGUUCAAAGCACUUAGUGCUGCACAAAUAAUUAUCUCGCCAAAUUGUGAGCUUUUUUCUACCAAUGAAGAAACCAAAAACCGUUUAAAUGCCAUAAAAGUUUACUCAGACGUUGUGUUCACGUCAAACAAAUUGAAGCCGUUAAUUGGCAUCCCACUUGAGCCCAAAUUCAACGUAUUACAAAGUGAAAAGUUUGUUGGUGUGACGGACUUUAGUCAGUUUAUGGACGUACUUAAUUGUGAGCGAAUCACUUUAUUGCGGUGCACAAAUGUAGAUGAUAACCCAUUUGCUGUAACUACAGACAACUUAGUAAUAAAAAAUUGUCGAUUGGGUAUUAUAGUACUUAAGAAAGAGAAUAUGGAGUGUUUGAAUAUCGCCAAUUCGUUUGUCGAGUUCGUCUCAGAUCCAAAGCAAUUUGGGAUCAAAGUCAAAAGAGGGAGAAUAUGUAAUUCAAAUGUACGAUACAACAAACUGAUUUUUAAUUCGAUGGAACUUGUUAAAAUGAACAAUGGAAGUAAUGGAGAUAUAAUGAGUAACUCAAUUAGUGUUACGGAAUGUACAAAUAUUGAACUUAAAAGUCUUCAAACUUUUAAUGCCGAAAUGACAGUUAAAAGGUGUAGAAAUCUGACAAUUUAUUUGUGUGGUGAAACAAAAGUCGAACAAAUUGAGUGUUAUAACACCAAAAUAAUCCGACUCCGUUUUUGUGAAGUGUCACUGCAUAAUGAUAAACUCAGUCUUUGGGAAGAGAUGCAAAUGGAAUAUAAUUUAAAACAGUAA